CGACGACAACCGACGACGCCGCCGCCAAUCUCUUGAGACCACCGACCUAGAGGUUCAAGGACAGACAAAAUGGCGAACAACAGACUCCAAUACCGCCGCCGGAACCCGUACAACACGCGGUCCAACCAGGUCCGCAUCAUCAAGACCCCCGGCGGUGAGCUCCGUUACCUUCACAUCAAGAAGAAGGGCACUGCUCCCAAGUGCGGUGACUGUGGCAUCAAGCUCCCUGGUGUCCCCGCUCUCCGCCCCCGCGAGUACGCUCAGAUCUCCCGCCCCAAGAAGAACGUCAGCCGCGCCUACGGUGGUUCCCGCUGCGCCGGUUGCGUCAAGGACCGCAUCGUCCGUGCUUUCCUGAUUGAGGAGCAGAAGAUCGUCAAGAAGGUCCUCAAGGAGUCUCAGGAGAAGGCUGCCGGCAAGCGCUAAAUGCAUCAUAAAUAUCAAUAAAUGAUGUUUUUUUGUGAUUAGAGGAGCGAAUCAUGGAAAAUUUUCUUUAAAAAAUUUGGCUCGGUCUAGGGUUCUUUCAUUCUUCAAUGAACAAGAACGGCGCGGCUAAAAAAUGAAACACGACGGGGUAAUAUGUACGGGUCGUGGUUCCCAAUGAAUGAAUUCUUCUAUUCAUGAAAUGAGAUUUCCAUUUUUUUCACCCUCCUUGACCUGCCCCAUCUUUCUUUCGUUCUUCCCGUUUGUUGCCGCUUCGAUAUGCUGGGGUUUGAUGUGCAUCGUGUUCGUCGCAUCACUCCACACCGUAGCCUCGCCAGAAACUUGUGCAAUCGUCGUUCUCCGUAGACUUUGAGACAAUUCUUCGAAUCCAC